UCGGCUACGGGAAACGGACAAACCCCGUAAUAGUGGAGCUGUGUCAGUGCUAUUAGUGACGUCGCGCGCGACGUAGAAAUCGAACGUGGAUGCGAGAGAAAAAAGAUGCAUAAGAUUCGCGGAUAGAGGCGAAAACUUUCCCCCCCGAGGAGAGUGCGAGAUUGCGAGAGACUAUAUCCACUUACGAUGCGCUUGUCGUUCGAUUACGCGAUUGCGAUGCGAUUACCGUGCACAUCCGGGAUGGAAGAUACUCCGACGACGAGUGCCCGUUUUUGAUCGGCCGACCGGCACAGUCUAGGAUAAAUUUAAUUCACGUCGGCCCGCUGUAUUUGGGUUAAAUAUCGGCGCCGCUCGAAUAAUAUAAGAAAACAAUUGAAAAAAACGCAGGAUGCACUCCGCGUAUUCAUCUAAGAAGGGCGAUCCUCUUUGCCCUUUGGGUUUCCACCCACAGGUUCGGUGGCCAACGCGUUGCAAACGAUGUUUCAGGGACUACAAAGAGCAUGGAGGGAGAAGAAACAGUCUUGGAGACAUCACGUCUUCGUCUCCUAGUCUUUCGUCGGAUUUAUCGACGCGUGGCUCCGAGAGCAAAAGAGUCUGGUCUUCCGCUACAAACUUAGCGAAAAAUGAAACCAAGAAUAAUUAUCCACAACCAGCAACGACGACUGGAUGGACAUCUUUAAUGGAUCUCUCCGCCAUAGAUAAGGCUCCAGAAGAAGCUGCUAAAUUAGAAAACGUUAGAAGACCGGCAAAACUUCAAAUAAAAAAUGUGAUAAGCAACACUAACGGAAGUGCUUCGGAAAACGACGUGGAGUUUAUAAUUCAGGUAAGGAAAUCACGGCCAGCACCGUCGAAACGGGUGGUCGAGGAUGGGCUGGAUAAUGUGACGGUAAAGGCAGAGGAGACCGAGGAGAACGAGAUAAUAAAAUUGAAGUCUCAAUUAAACGAUAUGAGAGCAAGAUGCGAGAAGGCAGAGAAGGAAAAGAGUGAGAUAUUGCUGCGUCGAUUGGCGACUAUGGAGACGAUGUCGAACAAAACAUCGACAGGGGAAGUAGCAAAAUUACAAAAGAAAAAUGAAGCACUUGCGCAAGAGAAAAACAUAUUGCUGGCAAAGAUAAAAAGUUUAGAAAAAGAAACAAGUGUUAAACCGUUUAGAGGCGACAGGGACAAACUGCACGACGACUUACGUUCGAAAUUGAAGGCCGCGGAAAGCCUUUGCGAAAAUUUAAUGGACGAAAACGAAGAUAUGAAAAAGGAAAUUAGGCAAUUAGAAGAAGAGAUCUAUGAGUUGCAGGAUAAUUUUAGGGACGAACAGGCAGACGAAUAUACCCGUUUACGAAAAAGUUUGGAGCAAUCGAACAAAAAUUGCCGAAUAUUAUCGUUCAAACUGAGAAAAGUAGAACGCAAAACUGAAGAAUUAGAAACCGAACGAUCCGCUUUGGAGAAGAAGUACGAAGAGGUAAAGAAAACAGAAGAGAUUCUGCAAAAAGUUAGCAGCGCAUUCCAAGAUAGAACACAAAAGAAACCAACAGAUUCCACGACAAAAGUGCAACUGAAAAAGAUGGUUGACGAAGUGGAAAAAGAGAUAGAGGACAUGCUGAGUAUCUUUACCAACAUUAAAAAUGGACAUAAUGUGGAUAUACCUGAUGUAAAAGCAAAAGAGAAUAAUUUAAAGUACGACAAACUUUUAAAGGAACACGAACAACUUAAAGAAAAACUUGAGUCUGCUGUAAAGGAAUUGGCCAGCGAAAGAGAAAAGAAAAAAGUUCAACCAAGUGUAAAAGUGGACGAUACCAAAAAUACAGAUUUACAAAAUGUAAAGAAAAAGUUGGAAGAAGCAGUCAAUUUACGUGAAAUGGAAAGAAAAGCGUGGGAUAAAGAGAAACUAGCGCUUCUAGAAGAAAAGGAGAAAUUAAAAUCUAAACUUCUAUCGCUGUCAGCCGAAAAAUUAAAAGUUUAUAACGAAGUUGUACAACUAAAGAAAGAUCUCGAAACGGCUAAACUGUCGGAGAAAGAUACCGCUAAUAUGGAGGUCGUAAUAAACGAAUUAAAAGAAAAACUAUCGCAAGAGCAAGAAAAGUGUAAAAAGCUGCAAGAUGAUUUGUCAUCGCACACAGAAAGAGAAUCGAAAAUAUCGCAAUCGAUAACAACUGCUGAACAGACAAAAGCCAAGCUCGAUGCUGAAAUAAAACGUUUGAAGAAAGAAUUGGAAAGUACGAAGUCUACUACAUCAACAAAGAUCACAAAUCUAACAACAGAGCUUGCGGAACUAAAGCGAGAAAGCGAUAAACUGACGUCACAACUUAAUAGUGAAAGAGAGGCGAAAGAAACGGAAGUAGAGGAUCUCAAGAAGAAAAUAACUUCCUUGGAGAAAGCUGGACAAAAUACAAAACGCAUAAACGAAAUGAAGCAAACUUACAAUGAGAAAAUUCUAAAUCUCGAGAACGAUAUUAAAAAACAUCAGCAAGAGCAAGAGACUUUAACAAAAAGAUAUCAAGAGCUUACGAAUUCAAAGCUACAGCUCGAAAGGGAAAAUGAAUCUCUGAAUAGCAAGUGUUCAGAGUAUAAAAAAGACGUAAAAAAUAUUCAAGCGGAGGUUGAAAGUCUUCGUAACUCGAUGAGAACAAAAGAGAACGAAUGGCGAUUGGAGAAGUCUGUUCUUGAGGCCCAAGUUCGCGAUAGUCAAUUACCGAAUAAAGUUAUUGUAAUGGAAUUAAAUGAUGAAAUUAACACAUUAAAGAAAGAGAAUGCUACUUUACUGGAGAGAGUAGAAGAUACAAAGAAAGUGAAUGACGAUCUAUCUACAAAAUUGAAAGAUUACGAAGCAGUUUCCAAAAUUCAUCAAGUAUUGACGCCCGAUACUACAGCAUUGGAGUCGGAAAUUCAGAAAUUGAAGAAUACUCUGACAAAUACAGAAAAAGCCAAGAAGACAGACUUAGCGCAGUGUAAGAUGCGCUACGAGCACAGGAUCACGGCGAUCAACGACGAGAUCCAGGCUAUUCAGAAUCAAUUAUCGCGAUACAAACGAGAACGUGAUACUUACAAGCACAUGCUGGAAGGCGCGCAAAAAACUAUAGGCGAGUUAAAGUCCACGAGACAAGGUAGACUUUCUAAUGCAUCCUCCGGAAAGUCGGACGAGGAUGAAGAAACGUCGAAAGCCAAUGUGCUAAUACUAGAGAAACAAAUAAGUUGUAUGGAAGAUGAACUUUCUGAAACAAGGCUCGAAGCUUCUAGGCUAAAGGCCGAAUUGGUUUCGGAAAAAUCAGCUAGCCACGUUAAAGUCUCCGAAUUGCAAUCUCGAAUUAAUGAGUUGGAGGAAGAACGAUUGCUCACCAGCGGACGCUCGAAAAUUCCAGGAUUAAAAGUGCGAAUGGAGUUAGCUUGGCAAAAGGAAAGAGAAGACCAUCAAAGAUUGCUACAGGAAACGGCAACGCUAGCGCGAGAUUUACGACAAACACUAUUCGAGAUAGAACGAGAACGUAGCAAAGAGCGACUUGAAAAUAAAAGGAAACAAGAUCAGUUGAAAAAAGUAUUCGACGAAGAGAAGGAAGAAAAUAAGAAGAAAUUAUUAGAAUUGCAAUGUGAUUUACUUGAACUGAGGGACGCGCACGCAAAAUUAAGAACAAGCAACGAGAAGAUGAGACGCGAAAAAGAGCGACAUGAAAAGGAGAGGCAGGAACUUAAAGAAGUGAUAUUGAAUAAAUCUAAAUUAGAACAAACUGAGUUACGCAACAUCAACAUUCUUAUGCAACAAGUUCAAGAUUUGCUACAACUUUUCCCCGAAUUAAAUAGUGUAACAGAAAAUGGAAAACCCGAGGUAUUUACGCCAACUCCGCCGAGACGAUUAAAGGGACCAAAAUCAAGAGAAUCGUCGCCAAUGUUGGAAACAAAGAGCGAGAUGAAAGUUGUAACUCCAAUACUCGGGGAAAGAACAGGGAAAUUGGAAUAUACUAUUAAAAAAUUAAUGGAUGUAGCAAAGGAACUUAAAGAAUCGAAGAAAGUGACAGACGAAACGAAUGCAACGCGCUUGAAAAAAAUGGGGAAAAGAUCAACAUCAGUAGAGAGCGAUCCAGGAAAAGGAAUAGUAUUGAACCGCUCUAAACCGCGUUUAAAGAGAAAGAGUCUUUCUUUGGAACAAACGUCUGGGCGUCAAGAGUCUCCAGCGAUUUGGGGCACGGAUAGCAAUUUGUCGAGCAUGCAAUCGUUGGAAGGAUCGGAAGUCGAGUCUCGUGGAACUAGUCGACAGAGAGAUUCCAGUGUAGACAGCCGUCUUUCCGGAGGAUCGACAAAGAGCGAAAUGUUAGAUCGAGACAAAAAAUAUGGCAAAGGGAUAAUACGAAAAUUAACGCAUAAAUUAACUAAAUCAUCCAGCGUCGAUGACCCAAAUAUGACUGACUACUCGCUUCAGACAUCUGGUUCUGAAACCAGUAUCAACGAAAGCAGUAAAAUGGAAAAGAAGAAUUUAAAGAAGAAGUUAACGGCCAUGUUCAAAAGAGGUUCGAGAAGCAGCAGCUUAGACAAAAAGAAUAGUUCCAGCAGACCUGCUUCGAGGAACUCCAUGACAUCGGAUUAACAAUCUUCUACGUGCGAUCUUGCUAAGGACAAUUUGAUGUACUUUGACUAGUCGUCACAAACAUUAUUUCCUGGGGGUGCAGCAUUACAUUCGACAAUACUGCAAUAAUAAGGCAGACUGCUCAAAUUCGUAUUUAAACACUGUGCACCGGGAUGAUGCGCAACGCUCGGCAUCAGAAUUGCCGUUUCGCGUGAAGUUAUGUACAAUUGGAAUAUGCUCAGCGACGUAUGAAUAGCGUCCAGAUAUUUGUGCAUUAGAAAUCAUGUCUGGUGUUUUAAUAUCGGUAAAUGUUUCAUGUAUAUAAAAACUUAAAUCUAAAAAUAAAUAAUAAAAUAUUCAAAAAUAAAUAAUAAAAUAUUAAGAAUAUAGUUUCCUAAUUAAAUGAACCAAUGAAUGCACGAAUAUUUAUAUAUGAUGCGUACGGUCCGCGCGAGUAUACCCCAAAAAUGUGUACAACUUUAUGUGUGAAGACAUUCUUGGCGUUAAAUAAAAAAAAAUUAUAGAUUUUUUCGUAAAAAGUAGAAAGAGCAAUGCAUAUAUGUACGUGUAUUCUUGUAUGUUGAUAGCGUAUAAUCGAUUUAUCCAAAUCCGUAAAUUUUACGAUAUCCUCAUCGUUUUAAUAUCCUAUUGUAUUAAAUAGUCUCCAUUUAAUUUCAAUUUACGCAGUUUUUCACACAAACGCACAAAUAAAAAAAAGACUCGUGCACGGUCACGUGUGUGUGUAAAACAUAUCCUUAUGUGUAAUAGUCAAUCAUUGGAAAAUAUAAUGUACAAAUUUCUGAUUA